CAGCGACUAAGGCCCUUUUCCGCUUGCGACGCCUGAUGUCGUGAUCGUCGGCGUUCUCGACAUUCGUCAAGUCGAUUUUCUGCUAAGCGUGACAUAUAUCCAACGCAGAGAGCCCCAAGAUGUCCUAUGGGAAGGAUAUGAAGUAUGAGGCUGAGGCCACUAUCCACAAGAUCCGGAUCACCCUCAGCUCUCUGAAUGUGCCCUCAUUGGAGAAAGUGUGCUCGGAGCUCAUUGAUAAGGCCAAGGGAAAGGGUCUGCGCGUCCGCGGCCCGAUCCGGAUGCCCACCAAGACCCUGCGCAUCACCACAAGGAAAACGCCCUGUGGAGAGGGCUCCAAGACGUGGGACAGGUUCCAGAUGCGGAUCCACAAGCGCCUGAUCGACCUGCAGAGCACGUCCGAGGUCGUGAAGCAGAUCACCUCCAUCAACAUCGAGCCCGACGUGGACGUGGAGGUCACCAUCUCGGAAAGCUAGGCCCCGGCUGUACAAUACAUGCGACGGUGAAAA